AUAACCUUUCUGGUCCUAUUCCACAAGAAUUUCACAAUUUGAAAAACUUGAUCGAGUUGGAAAUGAACGGAAAUCAAUUUUCCGGGAAUCUCCCGGAUAUUUGCCAAGGUGGGAAGCUUCAGAAUUUCACAGUCAUCGCCAAUCAGCUAACGGGCCAUAUUCCUAGAAGCUUGAGAGAUUGCUCUAGCCUAGUCAGAGUCCGCCAACCAACUCACUGGAAACAUAUCAGAAGAUUUUGGGGUCUACCCACAUCUCGACUACUUGGAUCUAAGUCACAACAAAUUCUAUGGCGAAAUCACUGGAAACUGGAGUAAGUGCCCGAAAUUGCAAUCCCUGCGGAUGGCAGGGAACAAUAUCACAGGCAGCAUAUCACUGGAGUUGGGAGAUUCAACUCAACUACACAGGCUUGAUCUUUCGUCGAAUCAUAUGACUGGAGCAAUUCCAAAGGAGUUAGGGAAGUUGAGUUCUUUAUGGGAACUAUAUCUAAAUGACAACCAGCUUUCCGGUGGUAUACCAAGAGAAAUCGGAUCACUGACUGGACUAGAAAAGCUUGACCUGUUGAUAAACAGGUUAAGUGGGCCAAUAUCAGCUGGAAAACUAGAGAAUUGCAUCAAACUACAUUAUUUGAACUUGAGCAACAACAAUUUUAGUCAAGAAAUCCCAGGACAGUUGGGAAAGAUAUCUCCCUUGUCUCAUGUCGAUCUCAGUCGAAAUUCACUUACGGGGGAGAUACCAUCGGAGAUCGCAGGUUUCAAGAGUUUGGAGUUGUUAAACCUAUCCCACAACAAUCUGUCUGGCUUAAUUCCAAACGAGUUCAAAGAAAUGAAUUGGUUGGUGCACAUUGACAUAUCCUUCAAUGAGUUGGAGGGUCCCAUUCCCAUCGGCAAAGCCUUCAUGAAUACUACAAAAGAGAGUCUCCAAGGGAACAAAGGCUUGUGUGGAAAUGUCACAGGAUUGCAGCCAUGCAAAAAUCAAUUUGCAGUGAACAGACACACCUCACAGAAAAAGGACAACCGGACACUUGUUCUUGUAAUCGUGCUCCCUCUUGGUGGAGCGCUUUUACUUCUAGGUGCAUUUGCUGGAUUUCUAAUCAUUUCCGAUCGAAGAAAGAGAGAGUCACAAGCAAAAGAUGCCUCCAAAUAUAAAGAUCUCUUUUCUAUAUCAAUCUACGACGGAAGAGAAAUGUACACUAAUAUCCUAGAAGCCACAGAGAAUUUUGAUGCUGCGUAUUGCAUUGGAAAAGGAGGAUAUGGAGCCGUCUACAAAGCAACACUUCCAUCAGCCAAUACAGUGGCCGUGAAGAAACUUCAUCCCACGUCUGAGAAGGACGAUCCUCCAGGUUUCUUGAACGAGGUAAGGGCACUAACUGAAAUUAGGCAUCGCAACAUAGUAAAGUUUUUUGGGUUCUGUUCACAUGCCCGUAACUCAUUUCUGGUUUAUGAGUACCUCGAAAGGGGAAGCUUGGCUUCGAUUUUCAGCAAAGACGAACAAGCAAAACAAUUGGAUUGGCCAAAAAGGUUGAAUAUUAUCAAGGGUGUGGCACAUGCUUUGUCAUACAUGCACCAUGAAUGCACACCACCAAUCGUUCACCGCGACAUAUCGAGCAAUAACGUCUUGAUUGAUGAGGAGUACGAGGCUCGAGUUUCAGACUUUGGCACAGCUAAGCUCCUAAAGGCGGAUUCCUCCAAUUGGAGUGCACUUGCAGGCACAUACGGAUAUGUUGCACUAGAGCUUGCUUUCACAAUGAAGGUAACUGAAAAGUAUGACGUGUAUAGCUUUGGAGUGUUAGCACUAGAAGUGAUCAAGGGAAAGCAUCCGGGAGAUUUCAUUUCCUCCCUAUCAAUACUGGCCGUUGAAAAUUUCCAGUUGAGAGAUGUAUUGGACCAACGCCUUUCACCUCCUUCUCCUGAAGUUGAGGAGGUAGUGAUGUGCAUUAUAAAGUUGGCAAUUGCAUGCUUGGAUACCAAUCCACAAUCUAGACCCACCAUGCACAUCAUUUCUCAACGGUUGUCUACCAAAAAAAUCCCUUAGAGCUGCGAAGAUUCAUUCAAAGACGAGACAAAGCGACUUUUCCUCUAAGUAUAUAUGGAAUACAAAUACCAAAUAAAACUAAUGCUUUAUUUAGCAUAGUGCAUUGAAUUAGCAAUCCUUCAGAAUUUCUACUGUUUUUUAAGUUGCUUUGUAUUAUCAGCAGAUACUAUUGGCUUGUACUUUUAGUAUUGCGAGUCUUGAAAUGGCAAUGUUGCGACGUUGUGUUUUCCACGAAGGAGACAGGAAGCCAAUUUAAUAUGGGGUUAUACUGUGGGGCAAAUGAAAGCACUAGUCCGAAUAGUUUUCCCAUUUUGUUAAUACCUUUUACGUUACAAAACCCUAUCAAUUGUAUAUAGUCCUUGAAAAAACAUACUACCCAAAAAAAACAGUUCACAAAGUCGGCCCGAAUCAAUUAGUACACAAGCACCCAUCAGUCAUCACACUCGACAUUCCAACCAACAGGCCAUUCAUUACUCGUCAUCAACAGCCUCCAUAUCCGAGCAGAAUAGCUGAACAAAACCUAAAGAGGCUGGAAAUCAGACACCUG